AGAAUUUUCCCAAAAAACAAAAUGGCGUGGCGCAGAACUCAGAUCGGAGACGGGCGUUCACAGCCCGUGCCUCGGCUCUGGAUUGGAAUUGGAGACAGGCCUUCACAGCCCGUGUCCCGGCUCGGCCCAGCCCAGACCAAUCACCAACGCUCAGCAACCUCAGCACUAGUCGAAUCCUCAGAUUCUCAAAUCUGGACUGAGACUCCGAGUCUGAGGGAAUUUUUGUCGGGAUCAAUAGUGUUAGUGCGUUCGGCUCAUUUGACCACAUCUCCAGGAAGGCUGGAACAAAUCAUUCGCUUUAGCGCCAAACAAAUGAAAGCGCAGACCACACACAAUGGAUGGUCUGAUAGAGUUUAACUUGAGGCCUUGCAAGCAGUGAGAAAUCCAUUAGCUUCACACUCCAUUAUUUUCCCGCCAUGGAUCUUCUUAUACGUUCUUGUUCUGGAUUCCAUAUUGGUUGUUCCAUCAAUCAUAUGAGUUCCUCUUCCUGUCCUACUCUUCGCCCUUCCACUCGGUUUUUCACUGUAAGAUCAAGCUUACCUUUUCCACAGCAGAAGGCAAUGUACCACAGAGAACUCCAAGCAGCAGUGGAUGUGGUCGAGAGAGCCUGUCGUCUUUGUUCCGAUGUUCAAAAGUCGUUGUUCUCCAGCGAUGGACGUAUUUUUGAAAAGAGCGAUAAAACUCCUGUAACGGUGGCUGAUUUUGGGGUACAGGCUCUCGUCAGCUUGGAGCUGAGCAGGCUAUUUCCUGAUAUUCCUUUGGUGGCGGAAGAGGAUUCAGCGUUUCUGCGCUCAAGUUCGAGUUUUCUAUUGGACUCUGUGGUAAGUGCUGUUACUGAUAAAACGAGCGCUGGAGAUAAACCAUUAACCAGCAAUGAUGUCAUGCAAGCCAUUGACAGAGGAGGCAAGAGUGCAUUUGUUUUUGGAGUGAAGCCCGAGACGUAUUGGGUACUUGAUCCAAUUGAUGGUACACGAGGUUUUUUGAAAGGUAGUCAGGCGUUAUAUGUGGUAGGUUUGGCUCUUGUAGUGGCAGGAAACAUUGUUUUGGGGGUUAUGGGCUGCCCCAAUUGGCAGGGGGAUACUUCUAACCAACUCAUUGCUGAAGGCCAGGAAGAUAAAUCAAAUUUACCUGGAUUAGGGGCCAUUAUGGUUGCUCAUGUUGGCUGUGGUACAUGGAUGAGGAGUUUAUCACAUAUAUCAGAUAGCAUGGUUAAAGUGCAUACUGGUUGGGUCAGAUGCUUUGUGGAUUUGUGUUGUUUAGUUCAUGCAGCACGUUUUUGUAUUCCUGAUAGCCAAACCUGGGAAUCGUUGCCACUAUCAGUUUCAUUCAGCUCAACAACUAAUUGUGAUAGUAUCAAGGAUGGGCAAGUUCUCCUUUUACCAACAUGUUGUGGAAGUCUGUGCAAGUACUUAAUGGUGGCUUCAGGUAGAGCUUCUGUUUUCAUUCUUCGAGCAAAGCCUCAAACUGUUAUCAAGGCUUGGGAUCAUGCUGUUGGGAUGAUAUGUGUACAUGAAGCUGGUGGACAGGUUACUGACUGGAAAGGGAGUCAACUUGAUCUUGCGGCAGAUCAAGUGGAGCGGAGGGCCAUCUUUCCUUCGGGUGGUGUGCUUGUUACAAAUGGUAACUUGCAUAACCAGAUACUGGAGUAACAUGCUUCACAUUGAGCCAAAAAAUAAUUUUAGUAAAAAUGAUAUUCAAAGUCAUCCAUUACCAUUUUCAGAACAGUUGACUAUGCUAUCAUUACCAGUUUAACUUGAACUUCUCUUGCCACUGGUAUGGUUAAGCCUGCUACACUAUAUAAUUCAACCUCAAUGAAUUAUGAAAGUGUAAUACAAGUUCAUCCGUUAGCAUCAGGGUGGGAGAGGCAAGCCAGGUCCUGUGAACCUCGAGCUUCUGGAGAAACUUCAUUUGCCUAUUUGUUAGAUGGCAGUUUAUUCUAGGGGAACAAAGACAAAAUGUUUUAUAUGAGGAAUUUAUGCUUAUGCUGGUUACAGGAAAUCUUAAUGACCAUUGCCAUUAUUGGUGAUUCCAAUAACAUCCUCAGCUGGAGUCUGGAUGAAAUAGAAUAACUAGGGUGAAAUUGAGAUGAUGAAAUCUAUUGUCAUCUUUCUAUUCAAGCUUUGAGGUGGAAGAUGAUUCUUAUCAUAUGGAUCUUUUAAUUGCAUGUUUCAUGUUUGGAUGGACAUUAGGGACCUCUAGCAUGUUAGGACAUGUCUUAAAUUUGGUUUGGAGUUCUCAAGUGUGUAGAAAUCUCAGAGAACUGCAAAAGAUUAGAGUUUCUAAAGUUGUCUUUCUUAUUGAGGAUCCAGUAUGGAUAAUUUAAG